AUGGACGCUCAUUCGUCGAUCGAAGCGGGUAGCGAGUCGCAAGGUGUGGAGACCCAAACACGCCUAGACACCGUCACCGUUUCAACUCCGAUCAAUUCCCCGUCGUACUCGGCAUUCCAGACGCCAGAACUGUACUUGGAUGAUCUCAGUUCCCAAUACUUCAUGGCAGAGGAAGCAGGGGGUUCCCCCCCUCCGGUAACAGCGCACGCGCCUACAGCUCCGGAAAGCGAGAUCGAGGACCCUGAAUUUACCAUGUCCUCAGCGCAACUUGACCUGGAGGAUCACAGCUUUACUCCUUCAAUGAUUGACCAUGACCAGAGCAGUCUAUUCCCGUUAUCCAGCGAGAAUGGAGAUCACGAACGCGCCACAAACCAGACCCUAAUUGAGGAGCACGAAAUGCGCCGCAAGCUAAUGGAUAUCGAGUCGAGUUUUCUCCCUGAGCCUUCCACAAUUGAUGUCGCCGCGAAAGGGGCUACAGCUGGAGCAGACGAUACCUACUUGGUUGGGGUCCCGAAGGAUUACGAUCUGUCGCAGAACGAUUCGUCACAGCUCUCGUUCAGUGAACCGACCGAAGCCCAACCCAACCAGGAUCAGGAGAAUGUCGAAAAAGACGAUGCAAGGACGGACGAGUCAGCGCCCACGGCCACUGCAGAAUAUGGACAAGAACAGGAGGAGCAACAGGAACGGGAACAACAAGGCGAUAGCAUGUUUGAUUCACGCGCCUCGUCGCCCUCAGCUGCGGCAGCCCUCCGCCGGAGCCAGUCUACACUGUCGGAAAAUGCGCAAGACAGCAGCCAGUUCUCUCAAAACGAGCGCCCCUUUCGAUCCGAAUUCUCCAUGACCGGAAAUGAAUCACAACUCACACCCUCCAAGCUUCGAAGCACCGACCGAAGCUUAUCGCCUGGCGCGUCGCGACUGUUCAGUGACCAGGGGGGCAGUGCUGCCAGUAGUCGCAGGGCUAGUCGACCCAAAUAUCUGACUAGCCGCCAAUCAGCCCAUCGCCUUUCUCAGUCUUCGAUCGCGAGCCACAACACCGAAACAACAAAUAGCGAUGCUACAGUGGGUGCGGACUAUGCUCUUCAAACUGGCGGUGCAAUUCCCGAUAACUGGAGUAGCCUACACGCUCCGAGUCGGGCUCAUAUGAUCAGGACUACUAGCCUUGGAAGCAUGGCAUCAGGCGUAUCUGGAUAUAGCGAAGAAAACUCCGUUGACAAGCGCAACACGAUGGGCACAGCAGAUGGAGGCCUUCAUACAUUGGAAGAGGAGAGCUCGCCACAGUCUCGAACUGGCUCCCGGCAACAAGCCAACUACGAUGAUGCAUCUGCACCGGUGACGCCAAAGGCGAAACCACAAGACAGCAAUCCCCCCACCGAUACAGUGAUUGCUGAGCGCGUCAAGGGGAUUCAAAUUCCUACUACCUUUGCACAGCGGUUCCGGGAAGACUUCCAGCCGUCUCCUGAGAAGAGGCCCGGGGCUUCAACCCCGGCAUUUGGCAAAAGUGGCCGAACAUUGACCCUGAAGGAGCAGAGCAGCACCAUUGACCGUCUCUCCAAGGAUAAUUUUGACUUGAAAAUGCGAGUUCAUUUCCUCAACGAAGCGCUGAAUAGACGCUCCGAGGAAGGUAUCAAAGAGAUGAUUGGGGAGAACGUUGAGCUCAAGUCUGACAAGGUGAAGCUUCAAAAAGACAACCAAAGCCUGAAGCGCAAGAUCCGAGACUUGGAAAAGCAAGUCAAGGAUCAGCAGUCAGACAAAGAAUCCAUGGUUAAUCAUGAUCCCGAAGGGUCGGAGGAUGGUGAUCGUGAUUUAGCACAGGAUGGGGAGAUUGUUUUCCUGCGUGAACGUGUUGAAAUCUAUGAACUCGAGAUUGAGCGCAUGAGAUCAGAAAGCAUUGCGAGAGAAAGCGAGAAGCGACGAUUGGCCGAGAUGGUCAAGUCACUCAGCGAGAAUCGUGCCGGCGAGUCUGAUGCCGGUGCGAGGGAGGAGCGAGAAAUGUGGAAGGAUAUGCUUGAUGCGGAAACCUCUGCGCGUGAGCAGGCUGAAGAUGAGAACCGGAGACUACGUGAUGAGUCGAUCCGCCUGCGGAGCGAGAUGUAUUCAACUGCCAAGUCUGGUCAGCACCAAAGCGAAGUUUCAUACUUCUCUGACAGAGAUGGUAACCGGGUUCCAGCUACCAGCAGCACCCUUAUUGUGGAGCUGGGUCUCUUGAAACAGGAGAACGCGGAGCUGAGAAAGGAGGUCAGCGCGCAAACUUCGAUGCUCACAUCUCGCAACCGUGAGAAAGAACGUCUUUACCAGGAGAUCGAAGAAUUGAAGCUGGGUCAGCGUCGCGAGACUGGCCGAUCAGUGGCCGGAGACAGUAUCUUUGAUCGCUCUGUCUCGCGCGCCCAUAUCCGGCCAUCGUCUCAGGCUAGCGAUGGAGGCAUGUCUCGCAGCGACCUGGAUCGUGAUGAACUUGAAGCUCGGAACGGACAUCUGCGAGACCAAGUGUCAACACUCAAACUCGAUAAUCAAGCCCUCCGCGCCCAAGUCGAGGAAUACUCGGGUGAAUUAGAGGCUCUUGACAAGGCUUAUCAGGAAGAUGUUGAUCAAGCCGAGGAAGAGAUUCAAGGCCUCACCCAGGAACGAGACCACGCCAUGCAAAUCGCAGAUGAGCGAGAUGCCGCUUUCCAGGAUCUGCGGGCCGAGGCUCAAGAUGAGUUAGAUAACCUCGGAGACGAGCUUGAUCAGAAGAUUGUCGAGUGCCAGCGUAUGAACGAGGACCUAAGAAACCAGGACGAAACCCUCAAGGUCUUGCAAGCGGAAAUGCGUUCUGCCACCGAGGGCAUCAUCCGCCUCGAGGAAGAUGCCCAGAGCAACUUGGCGGCAUACAAGUCCGUGCAGCAAGAACUCGAAGAAACUAACCGGGAGAUGGAGUCUAUGGAGAAGAGUCUCUUCGAGGCCAACACCAAGGUCCAAAGACUGACCGUGCAAAUCGAAUCAAGCCAGAACGAGAUUGCUUUCCUCCGCGAAGAGCAAGAUGGCGACAAGAUCCGCAUUGGUGACCUUGAGUCAGAGCUUAAGAACUAUCACAUGAGCUUGGUGAGCGAGAAAGAGAAGACUAGAGAACUUGAACAACGACUGGCCGAUGAAAGACACCAGCGAGAAGUUGUUGGUAGUAAGGAGAAACAAGAUGUCCAACGCAUCAUGAACGAACUGAACCGCGAAGCCUCUGCAGCUAAGGAGGAAGUCCGACGACUGAAGAAGAGCUUGUCGGCUCAGGAGAUUGAAACUUCAACCUGGCGCGAACGUUUGAUGGACCUCGAGAACAACUUGAGAGAAACCCUAGGUGAUCUCAGCGGCAGCCGAUCUAGCUUGAUCACCAAUAUCAUGAAGCUGCAAAAGGAACUCGAGUCAACCGCACUUGAGCUGGAGAGUAUCCGCUCGCAGCUUGAUGAGAAGGAGUCGGUGCUUCGCAACCGUGACGCUCUGCUUGAAAGCCACGGGCUUGAGUCUCGCAAACUUUCAGAACUCCUGGACCGCGAACGUCAAGCACGUCGGGCAGACAAGCAGUCCUUUGAAUCGUCGCUCAAAUCUCACCAGCAUGCUUCGCGUACCAUUACACAGAACAACUCCCGCAUCACCGAUCUUGAGAAUGCUCGUACUCAGGAUCGUAAGCGAUAUGCGUCGCUGGAGCAGCAAUUCAAGGACCAGCUUAGCGAGCGCAACACCAUGCUCCUCGCCAUCUGGACAAGGAUAUCCGGUCUUUGCGGUCCAGACUGGGCACACUCCAACAGUCUCAUCAAUGGUAAUCUCCCCAGCCAAGAAGUAAUUGGUAACAUGCUCUUCUGGCCUGGAUUUAGCCGCAAUUUGUUGCUUGCGAUGAAGACAGUCGAGGCCGUGAUUACUGGAUUCAAGGGCCGUAUCAAGUCCAUUGACCACGAGAUGACCAAGCGCUACCACACUCUGGAGCAGUCGUACAAUGGACGUAUCCGCAAGCUUGAGCGCAUUGAAGAAGCAGUCAAGAAUAUGCGAGCCAGUCGCGGGUCGGGCUCCUCGCCAGAGAUGUCGAAGCUGCGCGGUGAGAACCGACUCUUGAAAGCCGAACUCAACCUGAUUCAGACCAAUUCACGCGGACAUGCAUCUGCAGCUGCGGCUGCAGUGAUGUCAGGACCCCGGUCUCCCUCCUUAGCUUCAGCGCCAGAUCCAGAACGCACUUUGGCGCGCCAAAGCUCUUCAGCCAGUGAAAGACCUCGCCCAGAGAGAACCCUCACUCGCAGUGCCACUGGUCUUCCACAGCCCUCUCACUCCUCAUCCAGCAGCACAUUGACCAACAAUGCCGGAGCAAUGGUUCAUCGCACCCGCAGCUCGCAAAGCGGCUGGGAACCCAGGGAUACCAGUGAUGAGAAAUGGGUUCAUCGUCUACACGAAUUGGAGAAGCGACUAAAAUCCGAGCGUGAAGGUCGUCUCCUCGACCGCAGCGGUGCUCGCAAGCGGCUUGAGGAACGUGAUGCCGAGAACCAGAAGCUUCGAGACCAGCUAAGCCGAGAACGCACACGGCGUGGACCUUCAGGGCCUGUUCCAUCCAGUGGUAACCGCCGACCCCCAACCUCAGAUGAAGCACAUGGCUCCAGUGAGGGAGAAGGCAUCACAAUAGACAUCGAGGUCUAA